AUGCUUAGUCACUUAUUUGUGUACAAUUUAUCUGCCCUGGCUUUUUCCGCUUUGUUACCUGUGGCUUCGACUCUUCAACACCCACGUUUGGUCACGAAGCAGACGGUUCCACUUUCGGGCCACGGUACCUUCCAGCAGUACAUGGACCACAAUAACAUCGACAAAGGAACCUUUUCCCAGUCGUUUUGGUUCAACUCCACCUACUGGAAAGGCCCUGGGUCCCCCAUCAUAUUCUACACACCGGGUCAGAAUGCGGCUGUGGGUCGUCUCCAGUAUUUGACAGACGCCACGUUGCCUGGUCUUGUAGCAAAGGAGGUUGGCGGAGCUGUUGUUUUGGUUGAACACCGUUACUUUGGAGACUCGAAUCCCUUCCAGAACCUCACCACUCAGAACAUGCAAUACCUUACGCUUGAGCAGGUUCUGGCCGACUUUGUUCACUUUGCACGAACAGCGGAUCUGCUUUUCGAUCCGAGCGGGAAGUCACACCCGUCACAGACGCCUUGGGUUUGGAUUGGAAACUCGUACUCGGCUGCUCUGGUAGCAUGGGCUGAAAGGCUGGUUCCCGGCACAUUCUGGGCGUAUUAUGCUAGUGGCGCCAUGCUAAACGUUAUUCAUGAUUUUUGGCAGUUCAAUUUUCCCACGCAACAGGGCAUGCCCGAAAAUUGCAGGUCCGAUUUCGAGGCCAUAAUCGGCCAUAUCGAUAGCGUGUUCUCAUCCGGUACGCCAAUGGAACAGUUUGAGCUGAAGAAGAGUUUUGGCCUGCAAGAUCUGUCACACCUUGACGAUGCGGCGAACGCACUCUCGCAGCCUGUAAUAGGGUGGACUUUCGUCCAACCAAGCGACGAACAUACUCAGUUCUACGAUAUGUGCAAUGCCAUCGAGAGCGGCGAACUCAACGUCUCUACUGACCACGAUUCCAACGCGAACGAUCGUUUAAAAAGGGUACUUAACAACUACGCAAAGUGGUAUACCAACUCCUAUCUUCCAGGGAAAUGCGACAGCUAUGGUUACAGCGACUGGGCGGGCCAGAGCAACGUGCAGUGUUUCGACACAGUAAAUCCAUCCUGGGAAGCCUUCCGCGAUCUCUCCGUACACAACACCCUUGGCCGAGCUUGGAACUGGAUGACAUGUACUUACUUCUUGCUCUGGAUAACCGGCGCCCCAGUCGACAAGCCUACUAUCUACAGCCGCCUCGUUAACACAACGUACAUCGAACGGCAGUGCAGAAUUCUCUUUCCUUCUAAGGAAAACACCGCAUAUGGCGUGACACGAGAAGCAGCCAGCGACGCGAUGAACAGCCUCACAGGAGGUUGGGACCAUCAGGGCAAGCGGAUCUUCUUUACCAACGGCGAGUUGGACCCCUGGCGCUCUGCGUCGGUAUCCUCCGUUUUUCGACCGGACGGCCCAAUGCCGAGUACGUCCGAGCAGCCCGUCAUCCUGAUCAAGGGCGUGCAGCACUGCGCCGACAUGUUGGCUCGGAACCGUAUCAAUGAACCUGUUAGGGCGGCUAUGGAUGCCGGAAUUGCGCAGAUUGCUGCAUGGGUGGCCGAGUUUUCGAGAAAGAAACAAUUCCACGAAGCGCAGCGUCCAGUACAAAUCAAAUGUAUACAUUAA